AUGCUUCAUGUUGAUGAUAGACUUGGUGGAAGACCUAUUUCUGUUAAGAAAAUGGAGGAUGCUCGUCAAUGGUUGGCUUUGGGAGAGGCAACUGAAAUGAAGACCUUGGGCCCUAAUUACACUUGGUCUAAUAAGCAAGAUGGUGGAGCUCGUAUCUUCUCCAAGUUGGACAAAGUUUUUUCUAAUGAAAGUUGGAAUGAUGUCUUCCCGUUGGCUGUAGCAUAUGCUCAAUGGGAUGUGGUUUCUGACCAUUGCUAUUUGCAGAUCAAACAGGUGGAUUUCAGAAGGUUGGGAGUGAAGCCUUUUUGGUUUUACAAUAUGUGGGUAGCUUAUGACAAAGUUAGGGAGACUGCUCUUCAAAAAAAAGAAGCUCAGCAGGAUUACUUCAGGCAUGAGAAGAUUUAUGCUAGUUUUCUUCGUCAAAAAAGUAAGAUUACUUGGCUUCGUUUUGGUGAUGAAAACUCCUCGUAUUUUCAUGCUAGCUUGAAACAGAGGAAGAUUUCUAAUCGCAUUGUUUCUUAUAUUGAUGCUGAUGGUCAAUUUGUGGAUGAUUAUGAUAAGGUUGUUGAUUAUUAUUUUCAACAUUUUAAGACUCAUUUGGGUAGUGCUAGCACAGCUACAGGUCAAAUUGAUCCUGACUGCAGAAUUCCCCCGUUGCUUAAUGAUACUAUCAUAUCUCUCAUCCCGAAAGUAGAUCAGCCAACAAAUGCUACUGAAUUCAGACCUAUUGCUUGUUGCAAUUCUAUUUACAAAUGCAUUUCAAAAAUGCUUUGUAACCGGCUAGCUGUGGUUCUUCCUUCUCUGAUUAAUCUUAAUCAGGGAGCCUUUAUAAAGCAUAGAUCUUUGGCUUACAAUGUCCUCAUUUUUCAAGAUCUGAUUAAGGGAUACAAUAGGAAAAAUAGAUCACCUCGUUGUGCAAUGAAGUUAGACUUAAGCAAGGCAUAUGAUACUAUUGACUGGGAUUUCUUGGAAAAUUUACUCAAUAUGCUUUGCUUUCCUAGUCAGUUCAUCUAUUGGAUUAUGGUUUGCUUGAGGGGAUCAUCUUACUCUUUGGUUUUAAAUGGAAGGAUUCAAGGGAAGUUUAAGGGUGGAAAAGGUCUUCGGCAGGGAGAUCCCAUUUCUCCUUUAUUAUUUGUUAUAGUGAUGGAGUAUCUCACCCGCCUUCUGAUUAAGGCCUCCAUGGAUAACCGGUUCAGAUUUCAUCCAAUGUGUAAGUCUUUGACCCUAAUUAGUCUUUGCUUUGCCGGCGACCUCAUUAUCUUUUACAAAGGUACCACUUCCUCUGUUCAAGUUCUUCUUGAGGUGUUUUCUGAGUUUGGUUGUUCGUCAGGUCUAAAGAUUAAUUAUUCUAAAUCUCAUAUCUACUUUGGAGGUGUUCCAGCUGAGAUUAAAGCUAGAAUUUUGGAUUAUUCGAAGCUUGUUGAGGGUACUUUCCUGCUGAAAUAUCUUGGGGUUCCCCUUCGUCCUACCAAAUGGAAGACCACUAACUGUUUUAAGAAGAUUCGGAUGUGUCUCAAUAGUGUUGUGAAGGACAUUGAUAGAACUUGUCACCAGUUCCUUUGGGGUGAGAGUGGUUCCCGUAGUAAGCUUCAUUUCACCUCUUGGGAGCAAGUUUGUCGUCCUAAAUCUUUUGGUGGUUUGGGAUUUCGUGAGGGGCCUAUUUGGAACAAAUUGUUGCUUGCCAAAUAUAUUUGGGCUAUUGAGUCUAAACAAGAUCAGCUUUGGGUUAAGUGGGUGAAUUGCAUUUAUCUGAAAGGGUUUCUGUCGAGUGAGCGUAUUGCAUAUGAGAGACCAAUUUGGUGUAAACUUUCUGUUCCUAAACGCAGAUUCAUCCUUUGGCAGGCUAUAAACCAGCAUCUUCUCACUAGGGACUUGCUUUUUUCUCAUCAUAUUCCUGUUGCUUAUAGAAAUGCUUGCUAUUUUGUUGAUAGUUGUUUCACUGUCUUUAAAGUUGAUCAAUUGAUUAGGCAUGCUGUCAAAGCUAGAGUUCUUAAUAUCACUUCUAGGCACCUAUCUACUAGAGAAAGGCAAAUGAUUGAGUUUGUAAAAUCUUUGUAA